AUGAAAUGUCUUGGUGAGCCGACACAGUAUCUCAACUGUGCUCUCCGUCGUGACUACGCCAGCCGAACGAUCACUAUGACCCAGUCAGCAUACGUGCAGAAGGUGCUACAUGUGGCAGAUGUGGCAGGUUUUAAGGACAUACCCUUGCCUGUUAGCUGGAAAGAGGAUAACGCUAAUGUCUCGACUGUGCUUGAUGAUGAAGGAUAUGAAUUCUACCAAAAGCCCAUGAUUGCUAUACCGACACUCCAUGACAUGGAAGCAAUGCAGCACGUUGUCAAAUACCUACGGGGCAAUGAACAUGCAAGUCGAUCACCAGUUGCACAGUCCACUAAGAAGCAAUCAAUUACCGCGAACUCUACACCUAUUGCUGAAUGGUGGAUGACCAACCGGAUUUGA